UCCGGCGUGUCCACGUGUCUUUAAUGUAACAUUCAUAACCUUGAAGCAGGUUUGUUAGCCUGCGGUUAGUGAAGUGUUUCUGUGGGAACAGCACUCCCUCCGAUAAAGCGCGCUCUCUCUCUCUCUCUCUCUCUGUCCGGAGUGUGCACUAGAGGAGGGGCGUUUGGGAUGAUUUGGAAACGGACGUUCGGAUCCCUGUAGCUUUGAAUACACUGACACCUCGAUGACAUCUGUGUGGAAUAUGUUCGCCAGGAAAGAUUAAUAACCUUUCUGAGGAAUGAUGAGAAAUCUGCAUUCUGUCGCUUGUUCUGUACGGGACUGAAUGAGCUGUUUGGGGAAAGAUGGCGCGCCCUGUCCUUAGCUUUGGUUUGGUUCUGUCUGUGUUAGGAAUGGUGAUGUUCCCACUUCCAAGUGGAAAAGCCGAACCUAAUGUUAAAGACGAGGAGAGCUCUUGUCAAGGUGCCUUCGACUUAUAUUUUGUUCUCGACAAAUCCGGAAGUGUCAAGAACCACUGGGUUGAGAUUUAUUCCUUUGUGGAACAUCUUGCAGAGAAAUUCAUAAGCCCAAUGCUAAGGAUGUCUUUUAUCGUCUUUUCUACGCGUGGAAAUAUCGUCAUGCCACUAACUGAAAAUAGAGAAGAGAUUACCAAGGGCCUGAGUGUGCUAAAGAAAGUGGUACCAGGAGGUGACACAUUCAUGAACCUUGGAUUACAAAAGGCAAAUGAACAAAUAUAUCAUGGGAAUUAUGGAACAGCCAGUGUUAUAAUUGCUUUGACAGAUGGCGAGUUAAAUACAAUUCAGUUUAUCACAGCACAGCAAGAGGCUCAAAGGGCCAGAACUUUGGGAGCCAUAGUGUAUUGUGUUGGGGUCAAAGACUUCAAUCAAACACAGUUGGCUACCAUUGCAGACACCAUUGAUCAUGUGUUUCCUGUUGUGGGAGGUUUCCACGCCCUGAGGGGGAUGAUUGAUUCAAUAAUCAAAAAGUCAUGCAUUGAGAUUUUAGCAGCAGAGCCAUCAAGUGUGUGUGCUGGAGAGGAUUUCCAAGUGGUUGUGAGAGGCAAUGGCUUUUUGUAUGCUAGAAACAUCGAUCAGGUCAUGUGCAGCUUUAAAAUCAAUGACACAGUCACAGUGAAUGAAAAGCCUGUAAACAUUGAAGACACUCUUCUUCUUUGUCCAGCACCAGUUAUAGAUGAAGUUGGAAAGGCGAUAUAUCUUCAGGUCAGCAUGAACGAAGGCUUGUCUUACAUCACUAGUUCAGUGCACAUCACCACUACCAAAUGUUUUGAUGGCACCGUUCUCCUCAUUUCGUUAUUGGUAAUCUUCCUGAUUGUGGGUCUGCUGCUGAUGUGGUGGUUCUGGCCUCUGUGCUGUACCGUGGUCAUUAAGGAGCCACCACCUCCACCACCGCCUGAACCUGAGUCUGAUGAUGAGGAUGGGAUGCCAAAGAAGAAAUGGCCUACAGUUGAUGCCUCUUAUUAUGGCGGCAGAGGAGUUGGAGGCAUUAAAAGGAUGGAGGUGCGCUGGGGUGAGAAAGGCUCUACAGAGGAAGGUGCUAAACUGGAGAAACCCAAGAAUGCAGUGGUGAAGAUGCCUGAGCAGGAGUUUGAGCCUUAUGAGCCCAAACCUAGGAGGUCAACAGCACACCGGAAUUCGCAACAGAGGAGGUGGUACACUCCCAUUAAGGGGAAACUGGACGCUCUGUGGGCUCUGUUCCGCCGUGGAUAUGACCAAGUGUCUCUCAUGAGGCCCCAGCCGGGAGAUCAGGGUCGAUGCAUCAACUUUACACGGGUGAAAGACGAGGCAGUCAGGGCUCCGCCACGCAGCCCUCCUCCACCUCCAGCAGAGGACCGGCCCCUGAUACACCCCUCCACCUCAGCACCUUCCAACCGACCAACUCGCUCACCACCAAGACCCCCACCUGGGCGAUCACCCCAUGGACCCCCACCAUCACGAGCACCCCCGAGACCCCCUUCUUCUCUUCCCCCACCCUGCCCUGGGAACCAGCACUGAGAACAAUGCAGAAUGCUCAGCACCCUAAGCAAAGUGUUGUUGCUGGUCAGCAAGAAAAAGUCAACUACUGAUUAUUUCUAGAUAGGGAUGAGAUGUGAUCUAGCUUACUUGGCUGGGUUUUGGGUCUGCUUUGAGAUAAUUCGAUUAAACAGUAAAUGAUCCUGUUAUGUAGUAAAAUCUAGAAAAUGAAAUUGACAUGUUAACAUAUUACAAUAGGAUGGUUAAAGGAUUUGGUUGAAAGCUGAAGGGUUGAGAGUUUAAGCAUGUAAAAAUGUAGGUUAGUCAGCUGUAAGUAAUUUUCUUAGGCACUAUCCUUAGAUCACUCGGUUAGACCUGUAUAAAUAAAAUAAUUGCGACUGCAGGGCAGUUCCAUCCCCUAAUUUAUUUAGCCUUGGUUUCCUGGAAUGCACUUGAGCACAGAAUGACUGUGUCCACCACUAUUAUAGGACACUAAAAUUUGGCCUACGUUCAUAAUUAUUUUUUGUUCAAACUAUAUUGUUAAGGGGAAUAGAUAACUUUGACUUUUGCAUAUAAGACGCUUUCACUACAGACCACUUAAACAAAUUUAAAUGUAAUUGCUUUUACUAUACAUGAACAACCUCAACUGUAAAACAAGACCCAAACUCAUGUUUGUUUUCUUUCUUGUUCUUAAACAACUAACCAGAAAUCACUGCGAUUUAUUAAAAUCAAUACUCAAUGUAUAUUGUAUUUCUUUAAAAUAACUAAUUAUACCAAACAGACAGCAUGUUAUAUACUCAGCAAAAAAAAAAAAGCGUCCUCUAACUGUUUUAACUUUCAGGAAAACUUAAAGUGUAAAUAAUUGUAUGAACACUAAAAGAGUCAACACCAUAAGACAUAAACUAAAAAUGUUUCACAAUGUGUCCCUGAAUGAAGGGAGGCUCAAAAUCAAAAGUUGAUUGAAGUACUGCAGUGCAUCUCCUCCUCAUGGACUGCCUAUUGAGGACAGUCUGAGCACUGAUGGAGGGAUUGUGUGUUCCUGGUGUGACUCGGGCAGUUGUUGUGGCCAUCCUGUUCCUGUCACGCAGGUGUGAUAUUCGGAUGUACCGAUCCUGUGCAGGUGUUGUUACGCGUGGUCUUCCACUGCGAGGAUGAUCAGCUGUCCUUCUUGUCUCCCUGUAGCGCUGUCUUAGGCGUCUCACAGUGCGGACAUGGCAAUUUAUUGCCCUAGCCACAUCAGCGGUCCUCAUGCCUCCCUGCAGCAUGCCUAAUGCAGGUUCACGCAGAUGAGCAGGGACCCUGGGCAUCUUUCUUUGGGUGUUUUUCACAGUCGGUAGACAAGUCUCUUUAGUGUCCUGCGUUUUUAAAACUGUGACCUUAAAUGCCUACUUUCUGUAAGCUGUUAAGGUCUUAACGACCAUUCCACAGGUGCAUGUUAAUUAAUUGAUUAUGGUUAAUUGAACAUGCAUGGAAAACAAUGUUUAAACCCUUUACAAUGAAGAUCUGUAAA